AUGAACGAAGAAGCCAUUGAAGGGUGGAUUAUUAUCAUCACGAACAUCCACGGAGAAGCAAGGGACGACUACAUAAAAGACGUUUUUGAAAAAUAUGGACAGAUAAAAAAUUUGCAUUUAAACUUGGACAGACGUACGGGUUUUUUAAAAGGCUAUGCAUUUCUUGAAUUUGAAAAUUUUGUGGAUGCGAAAAGGGCCAUUGAUGGUAAGAACGUUCUUCACAAGAACGCGUGCGACGUGUUCCAAUGGCUUUAUCGGCAAAUGGACGGCGCAACGUUACUCAAUCAGGAAAUUCACGUGGAUUGGGCAUUCGUGCAGGAAAAAAAUAAGAAUUGA